AUGGUCAAGCAGAAGGAACUCGUGGAGGACCGUCUCCAGGCGGUGGUGCUUACCGAUUCGUUUGAGCUGCGUUUCCAGCCAUUGGCCAGCGUCAAGCCACGUUGUCUUUUGCCUCUUGCCAACGUGCCCUUGAUCGAGUACACUUUGGAGUUUUUGGCCAAAGCUCAAGUUCACGAAGUGUACCUCUUCUGCACUUCCCACGGCGAAGAAGUGCAACAAUAUAUCAACCAGCUGAAGUGGGCCGACAACCGGGCGUUUACCAUCAACGUGGUGUUGACGUUGGAGUCCCAUUCGACGGGGGACGUCAUGCGUGACAUCGAUAACCGGGGGAUCAUCACCGGGGACUUUUUGUUGGUCCAAGGUGACGUGGUCACCAAUGUCGACUUUGCUAAAGCUAUGGCCUUCCACAAACAGAAGAGAGCUACUGAUAAAGACCACAUUUUGACGAUGGUAUUGGCGUCAGCGCUGGCGACUCAUCGCACCAGACUGCCCGAUACCGGCUUGUUUGCCAUCGAUAAACAGAGUGACCGAUGUAUCUUUUACGACCCCAACAUCGAUCUGCCCGUUGGGAUUGAUCCGCUGUUGUUGGAAGGCGUUGACGAGGCCGUGGUGCGUAACGACUUGAUCGACUGCCACAUCGACAUCUGCACUCCCCACGUGCCCCAGAUCUAUCAGGACGAGUUCGACUACCAGUACCCGCGGCUGGACUUCUUGAAACGGGUGCUUGAUCUGGACUUGGUGAAGAAGACGAUCUACGCUUAUGUGGUGGACGAGUACGCCGCUAGAGUCGAUUCUAUCGAUACUUAUAAGAGCGUCUCGCAAGAUAUCAUGGGCCGGUACGCGUACCCGCUUGUCCCCGAGCUUAACUCGUUUGAUACUACGUUUAACGUUGAAUUGGGACAAAUCUAUAAGGAGGAGAAAGUGGUGCUUGCGCAGAGCUGUACUAUCGGUCAAUUGACGAUGAUUGGUGGGCUUCUGCAAGUCGGAGAAGGCUCUCAACUUGAGCGACUGGUGAUUGGUCGUAACUGUACUAUCGGUGCUAAUGUCAUCAUUGAGGAUGCUUACUUAUUUGAUGGGGUUACCGUUGAGGAUGGGGCCGUAAUCAAGAAUACUAUCAUUGGGCUGAGGGCAACCAUCAGCGAACUGGUGGUAGUGGAACUGCUGGUGAUUGGCUACAAUGUUGCCGUGACUUCAUCUGUAUCGUCUAAGAAGCUUUCGGCUACGUUUAUUGACGGUGAUGACGACGAAUUUGAGUGUGCUGAGCUCGACGACAAUUUGUACGAGUUCAAACAGGACUUGGCGCAGGCGACGUUGUAUUUGCACAACCUCAACAUGCUGGACGAGCUGGUUAAUCUGGUUUCCAAACGGAAGCGGAAACACUCGCGCAACCGGCGGAUGUCCACAGCGCUGAUGGCCGAGUUCUCCGACGAAGAGGACUUUGAGCCCGAAGCCAUCGCUACUGUACAGAGAGCGCUCGACAAUAACCACGAUAUUGACACCGCUGCCUUAGAGCUCAACACCUUAAGAAUGUCGAUGAACGUGCUGUACCACGACGUCAGAUUAGCCACGGUGACGGCGUUCCUCAAGAAGAUUUUGGAGUACAUCAAGACCGACACCUUAAGCGCUGCUGAAGCCACCACUAAGAUCUUUAAACAGUGGCUGCCGUUGUUCAAGAAACAGGUGUUUGACGCCGACGAACAACGCGAUUUGCUCGACAUUUUGCAGAACCAGCUCUCCGUUUUGGACUCAGCGUACAACUACAUCAUCUUUUUGCAUGCCACUAAAUGGCUCUACGAGUUGGACGUGUUAGAGGAAGAGCUGAUUUUGGAGUGGUGGCACCAGUCGCCGCCGAAGAACGACCAGGAGACCCACGUGAGACUGGGGGUGGAGAAGUUUGUGGAGUGGUUAGAGGACGCCGAGGAGGAGUCUGACGACGAAUAA